AUACCACAAUCACAAAAAAAAAAAAAAAAAAGGCAGAUAAUAUUUCUUUUGAAAAUCUAAUACACACACGACAUCCAACUCCGUCGCCAUGGCCGUCGCUAUGCCCUCUCUGAUGUCUGUUAUUCGUUCUUCAAACCCUAAACCUCUUCUCACUUCUCAUUUCCCUCCCCUGCGCUCUUCUGCCUUCCACUUCCGCCUCCGUCCAUCUCCACCGCGCACGCCACUCCUCCGCCGCUCUUCCAUCGCCGCUGCCUUUUCCGAUCAACCACAAUCUCCAUCCUCAAUAACAAUCGAAGAUAAUCCGCUGCUGCAGGACUUCCAGUUUCCUCCGUUUGAUGUUAUUGAUGCUUCACAUGUGCGUCCUGGAAUGCGUGCCUUGCUCAACAAGCUAGACGAUGAUUUGGCGGAAUUGGAGAAGACGGUUGAGCCAUCGUGGUCAAAGCUAGUGGAGCCGUUGGAGAGGAUAGUUGAUAGGUUGAGUGUUGUUUGGGGAGCUAUUAAUCAUCUGAAAGCGGUUCAAGAUACUCCUGAGCUUCGUUCCGCCAUUGAAGAGAUUCAGCCUGAGAGAAUCACAUUUGGCCUAAAGGUUGAUCAAAGUAAACCAAUUUAUAAUGCUUUCAAGGCUAUGAAGGAUUCACCAGACUGGGCAACACUAAGUGAUGCUCGUAAACGAAUAGUUGAAUCAUCGAUAAAGGAUGCUGUUCUCAGUGGCAUUUCACUUGAAAAUGAUGAAAGAGAAGAGUUCAAUAAAAUUCAACAGGAGUUAGCAAAGCUUUCUAAAACAUUCGGGGAAAACGUUCUAGACGCCACAAAGAAAUUUGAAAAAUUAAUAACCGAUAAGAACGAAAUCGGCGGGUUGCCAGCUACCGCUCUCGGAUUGGCCGCACAAAUAGCCACAUCUAAGGGUCAUGAAAAUGCCACUGCUGAAAAUGGGCCAUGGAUGAUAACACUAGACGGACCAAGUUUCAUGUCUGUUAUGCAACAUGCUAAGAAUCGGGCUUUGCGGGAGGAAAUUUACCGUGCUUAUAUAACACGUGCGUCAAGUGGAGAUUUAGAUAAUACUCCGGUUAUUGAACAAAUUUUGAAGCUUAGGUUAGCAAAGGCUAAGCUUCUUGGAUAUAAUAACUACGCAGAGUUAAGCAUGGCUACUAAGAUGGCCACUGUUGAUAAAGCGGAAGAGCUGCUCGAAAAGCUAAGGAGUGCUUCUUGGGAUGCUGCAGUUCAAGAUAUGGAGGAGCUCAAGCAAUUUGCCAGAAGUCAAGGUGCUCCCGAAGCUGAUGAGUUGGCACACUGGGAUAUUACCUUCUGGAGUGAAAGACUAAGAGAAUCAAAAUAUGAGAUAAACGAGGAAGAAUUACGACCUUACUUUUCUUUGCCUAAAGUUAUGGAUGGUCUUUUUAACCUUGUGAAAAUGCUAUUUGACAUUGACGUCGUACCAGCUGACGGUUUAGCACCCGUUUGGAACAGUGACGUAAAAUUUUACUGCAUCAAAGAUUCAACCGGGUCACCUAUUUCAUAUUUUUACUUCGAUCCAUAUUCUCGACCGUCUGAAAAACGAGGAGGUGCAUGGAUGGGUGAAGUUUUUGCGCGAACCCGUGUAUUUUCAAAUGAUAAAACCUCUGUUAGGCUACCUGUUGCUCAUAUGGUCUGCAAUCAAAUGCCACCGGUUGGUGACAAGCCAAGCCUAAUGACUUUCCGCGAGGUGGAGACUGUGUUUCAUGAGUUUGGUCAUGCACUUCAACAUAUGCUAACGAAACAAGACGAGGGACUUGUUGCUGGUAUUCGCGGCAUAGAGUGGGAUGCUGUUGAAUUGCCUUCACAAUUCAUGGAAAAUUGGUGUUAUCAUAGGGAUACCCUGAUGAGUAUAGCCCAACACUACGAAACUGGAGAGUGUCUCCCUGAAGAUAUAUAUCAGAAGCUUCUUGCCGCUAGAACUUUUCGUGCGGGUUCUAUGAGUCUUCGUCAGCUCAAGUUUGCUACCCUUGACUUAGAACUGCAUAGCAAGUAUGUUCCUGGUGGACCCGAAUCUAUCUAUGAUGUUGACCAAAGGGUCGCUAAAAGAACUCAACUGCUUCUUCCACUUCCAGAGGAUCGGUUCCUUUGUGGUUUCAGCCAUAUUUUUGCAGGUGGAUAUGCUGCUGGUUACUAUAGUUACAAGUGGGCAGAAGUGUUAUCUGCCGAUGCUUUUUCGGCAUUUGAGGAUGCUGGGUUAAAUGAUGAUAAGGCGUUAAGAGACACAGGAUACAGGUUCCGAGACACUGUACUUGCUCUUGGAGGUGGAAAAGAUCCAUUAGAGGUUUUUAUCGAAUUCCGAGGGCGUGAACCCUCUCCCGAGCCCCUGUUGAGGCACAAUGGCUUGUUACAGACAACUGCUUGAACAUCCAGUGGUAUACUGCACAUAGUAGAUUUGAAGUUGCUGAAAGGAGCCAAAAGGUUCAGUGUCUUCUUCAUUGAGAAACAAAGUAGUGCAUUCUGUUUUAUCAUUUUAUGCAAGUUCAACUUUGGUUUUUUUUUUUCCAGCAUUAUUCAUCCAUGAGAAAAUCAUGAUGUAUUAUAUCUUUAUACAGCCAUGUUAGAAACAAAUAUCUCCUAUAACCAAGAGAUACGUUACUUCAUACUUGCGAAUCCAAGCUAUAGAAAUGGCAUAACUCUAUGAAAUCAUGACUUUUCUAGGUGGUGUUACACACCAAAUUCGAUAA